AUGUCGUCACUUCCGACGGACAGGGAGCGCUUGCAGUGCAGGAUUUUGACAGCGGCACUGCUGUUCAGACAAACAAGGCCGUCUGUGAGGAACUGGCUUUUCCCUCCCCUUCUUCUCGGUCCUGCCGAUGUAGGCAUUGACAGCGCUGCAGUCCACCGCGAUUCCGGACGAUAUGGCGGCUUCGAAUCGGCCAGCCCUCUUUAAGUCUAAUGAGUGAGACGGCCCUGGGCCCAGCCCAUCAUGGUGGACAUGCAGAGGCAGUACAGCGCCCCCUCUCCUCUGGAGGACUCAGUGCUGGGCAGCCCGCUUUGUGGGGACCUUAUCAAGGGGAUGGAGGACCUGCAGGACCUCUCCCAGUCCAUGGAGGAGGACGCACUCAGCUCCUUCGACGUGCCCGAGUACCCCUCCUCCGGCACCGGCUCGGGGUCCGAGGGCUCCGCUGGGCUCGAUGCUCUGACUCCAGCCUCCAGCCCCUCCUCGGGGGGCUGCGGGGGGCAGGCGGGGCAGGAGGAGUUCCCGUCGGGUCCCCUCACCCUGGAGUGCAGGGUGUGCGCCGACCGCGCCUCGGGGUACCACUACGGUGUGCACGCCUGCGAGGGCUGCAAGGGCUUCUUCAGGAGGACAAUCCGGCUGAAACUGGAAUACGAGAAGUGCGAACGCAGCUGCAAGAUCCAGAAGAAGAAUCGCAAUAAGUGCCAGUACUGCCGCUUCCAGAAGUGCCUGUCAGUGGGCAUGUCCCACAACGCGAUCCGUUUCGGGCGGAUGCCCCAGUCGGAGAAGCUGAAGCUGAAGGCGGAGAUUCUCACGGGGGAGAAGGGGGAGGAGGAGAACCCCCGGGUGGCCGAUCAGAAGACGCUGGCCAAGCAGAUCUACGACUCCUACCUGAAGAACUUCAACAUGAACAAGUCCAAAGCGCGAAGCAUACUGUCCGGCAAGACCAGCAAUCCGCCCUUCGUCAUCCACGACAUGGACACCCUCCAGCUGGCCGAGCAGACGCUGGUGGCCAAGAUGGUGGGGACGGCGGGGGGCCUGCAGAACCGGGAGGCCGAGGUCCGGCUCUUCCACUGCUGCCAGUGCACCUCCGUGGAGACGGUCACCGAGCUGACCGAGUUCGCCAAGUCGGUGCCGGGCUUCUCCGAGCUGGACCUCAACGACCAGGUGACCCUGCUCAAGUACGGCGUCUACGAGGCCAUGUUCGCCAUGCUGGCCUCCAGCAUGAACAAGGACGGGCUGCUGGUCGCCUACGGCAACGGCUUCAUCACCCGCGAGUUCCUGAAGAGCCUGCGGCGGCCCUUCAGCGACAUGAUGGAGCCCAAGUUCCAGUUCGCCAUGAAGUUCAACGCCCUGGAGCUGGACGACAGCGACCUGGCGCUCUUCGUAGCCGCCAUCAUCUGCUGCGGAGACCGGCCGGGCCUGGUGAACGUGCCGUACAUCGAGCGCAUGCAGGAGAACAUCGUGCAGGUCCUCCAGCUCCACCUGCUGGCGAACCACCCGGACGACUCCUUCCUGUUCCCCAGGCUCCUGCAGAAACUGGCCGACCUAAGGCAGCUGGUGACGGAGCACGCCCAGCUGGUGCAGGAGAUCAAGAAGACUGAGGACACCUCCCUCCACCCGCUCCUGCAGGAGAUCUACAGGGACAUGUACUGAGAUGGGCGGGGGAAGGAGGAGAAGGAGAACCCGCACGGAAAUGCACUGUGACCUCCGGGCCCAUAGGGGGCUCACUCACAAGG